AUUUUGGCAUAAAUCAUUUGAUUGUGAUGGUCGUUUACAACUUUAUGUGUCUAAUGAAGGGUUAGCAAUUCCAUAUGUUUCUCCAUUAUUUACUGAAAGUUUGGGUGGUCUACCACCAAUUUUAGUGCAAGUAGGUGAUGUAGAAAUAUUAAGAGAUGAGAAUAUUUAUUUGGCUUAUAAGGCUGCUAAUCCAGAAAAAUACAAUAUGCCAAAUUACAAUGCUGAAAAGUUUGAAAGGUCACCUUAUAAAACACCUACAAAAGUUGUUCUUGAAGUUUAUGAAGAAAUGCCUCAUGGCUUCCAGAUAGCUGUGAAACGAAUGAAUGAAUUUAUUGAACAAUUAUUAUCAGGUGAAGAAGGGGAGAAAGAAUUAAAAGUCUUACGUGUAACAGGUAAAGGUGAAACCAUUGAAGAGUUAAAAGAGGAGCAUUACAAGGUACUUGAAUGUGAAAAUAUUGGUGUUGCUUCUAUUGGAAAGCUUCAUUGUUAUAGACCUGUCAAUAACAAUCAAUGA